AUGAUGAACACCACAUCGUCGUCACCCCCAAAACCUCCCUUAAAUCCUUCUGAAAUCACUCAAAACCUAACCAAAAUCCUCGCCAAGAACCCUCCCUCCAUCUCUCUCAUUUCUUCCAUAUCCAAAUUCAUUCCACAUUUGACACCAGUAAUAAUCCAUUCAGUCGUCUCAUCCCAAACCCUUAAAUCAAACCCUCAAAUCCUCCUAAAUUUCUUCAAAAUCUCCCAACUUCAUGCUCCUAGUUUUUCCAAUGGAUCCCCUGCUACUCUCCCGUCGUUCUUCGUUGUGCUUCAAACACUAUUUGCCCACAACAAAUGGGCCGAUGCCAAAACUCUCCUUCUCAAUUUCAUUGGUGCCGACACGCGCCACCGUCUCCUCCGAACCAUCCUCCACCCCAGCCGUGAUAUCCCUCGUCUCUCCAAGGCUCUUUACGACACGGCUAUUGGUGCUUAUAUCCAGAUGGGGUACCCUCAUUUGGCCAUGAUUGUGUUUAGGAGGAUGAAGAGACUCAGGAUUCCUCCUAAGCUGAUUACCUGCAAUACAUUGCUUAAUUCUUUGGUAAAACACUCUUCCUCCCGUUCGAUUUUGUAUUCUAGAGAAGUGAUCAAUGAUGCUAUUCGACUUGGGGUUGUUCCAAAUGUGAAUAUGUUCAAUAUUAUGAUUAAUGGCUACUGUUUAGAGAACAAGUUUGGUGAUGCUAGGGAUCUGAUGAAUAAAAUGAGAGAAUUUAAUUGUCUGCCUGAUAAUGUAACCUAUAACACUUUGUUGAAUGCCUUGUGCAAGAAGGGUAGGUUAAAAGAUGUUAGGGAAUUACUGUUGGAGAUGAAGAAUCAAGGUUUGUUUCCGAAUCGGAACACUUAUAACACUUUAGUUCAUAUGUAUUGUCAGAGGAGAGGGUCCUUGUUGGAAGCUACUCAUAUUUUCGAUCUAAUGACACAAAAUAACUUCUUGCCUGAUGUUUGGACUUACAACACAUUGAUUAGUGGACUAUGUAACGAGGGAAAGAUCGAAGAAGCUAUUAGAGUUAGUAAUGAGAUGGAGAAAUUGAAAUUGUUACCCGAUGUGAUCACUUACAACACAUUGAUUGAUGGUUGUUUCAAGUGGAAAAAGAGUUCUGAGGCAAUCAAGUUGCUUGAUGGGAUGAGUGAAAGAGGAAUGAAGAGGAACACCGUGACUUAUAAUAUAUUGAUUAAGUGGUAUUGUAAAGAAGGUGAUAUGGGUAAAGCUAGUGAAACUGUGAAGCAUAUGGAAACUAAUGGACUUUUCCCUGAUAGUGUAACGUAUAAUACCUUGAUUAACGGUUACUCCAAAGCGGGUAGUUUAGGAGAAGCACUAAAGAUGAUGAAAGAAAUGAGUGGGAGAGGUUUACAGAUGGAUAGUGUUACUGUCAGUACUGUUCUCCAUGCCUUGUGUCUAGAGAAGAAGUUGGAUGAGGCCUAUGAAUUGCUUGUAGAUGCUAAAAGGCAAGGUUCUAUUGUUGAUGAAGUAAGCUAUGGAAUUUUAAUAGUUGGUUACUUUAAGAAUGGAAAUGCUGACAAGGCUUUGAAGCUUUGGGAUGAGAUGAAGGAGAAAGAAAUGUUUCCUAGUAUCAUUACAUAUAACUCCAUUAUAGGAGGGCUCUGCAAGUCCGGCAAAACAGAGCAAGCAAUAAUAAAGUUGAAUGAACUUCUGGAGGAUGGAUUGUCACCCGAUGAAACCACAUACAAUACACUUAUUCUUGGGUACUGUUGGGAGGGAAAUGUUGAGGAAGCAUUUCAGUUUUUCAACAACAUGGUUAAGAACGAUUUUAAGCCCGAUCUUUAUACUUAUAACAUUCUUCUCCACGGGCUUUGCAGUAAAGGGUUGCUGGAAAAAGCCAUCACCCUUUUCAAUACAUGGAUUUCAAAAGGAAAAACGGUAGAUGCAGUGACCUACAACACUUUGGUAUCAUGUUUGUGUAAAGAGGGGAGAUUUGAAGAUGCCAUGGACCUUGUUGCUGAGAUGAAGGAAAAGAAUCUAGGGCCUGAUAGGUAUACGUACAAUGCUGUUCUUGUUACACUUACAGAUGCUGGAAGGCGUGAAGAGGCAGAGGAUUUGAUGUCAAAGAUGAUCGAGUGGGGGAACGUAUUAGAUGAUUUAAGUUCCCAUGGAGUUCAAGAUGAACCAGACACAAGCCUGGUAGCUUGUUCAGAAGAUAUUGACAAGCUUUGCACUGAAAGAAAAUAUCGGGAUGCAUUGCGUCUUUUUGGAGAAUUGUCAGGGAAAGGUAUAGCUGUGAAGAAGUCCACUUGUAUCAGUUUGAUGUGUGCACUCAUCAAGAAAGAAAUGAGAAGGCUGAAUGCUGUUUGAUUCUACUGCAAAAAGUCAAAUAAGAAACUUUUGCAGCGAAGGAUCCAAGGAAUGGUCUAUCUAUCAUUCUCCAAUCAUUGGUUCUAGUAGAACAGUCAACCUUUCAAAAGGAACUUUGGACAUAAAGGUACCUUUUUCAUUCGAAACUUCUAUUUACCUAUGGAAAUAGCUACAGUGCAUCAACGUGCAAAGCUUGAUGCCUUUAUCUGGGCUUGACACAGGCUAUGUAAGAAUAGAUAGGUGUCCUUUUCUGGAAAAGGAUGUUUAGUUGCAAGAAAAGAAGAAAAUUGAGGACAAAGUCUGGCCAUGUGUAGGGUAGAUGGAAUGUAUGUUUGUAUCAACCAAGGGAAUCUAGAUGUAGUCAAGAUUGAUGAAACCUACAUUCUUUGGAUUUCUUGUAAAAGCCAAUUCUGGAGUAUCUUCACAUCAUGUAUUGGAACCAUUAUAAAAUGUUAAAAAAUGGCAAAAAAGAAAUGCCAUUAACUUAAGAAUGUCUUGAUUUCGUUCAAAGGGGUGA